AAUUCACCUCACCGAGCGUUGAUCAACCAUUCCAUCGAUACCCACCGCCAUCCACGGACUCCAUCAAUAAUGGCAAGCAGUCGAUUACUGUCGCUGCUCGUGAUCGCCUUCUCGGGCCUGCUACUGAUCAGCCUGCCUAAUGGGACUGACUCAGCGAAAAUCCUGUGCCUCUUCUCCACGGCCAGUAAGUCGCACGUCCUGGGCACUCAGGCACUGCUGAAGCACCUAGCCCAACGAGGUCAUGAGGUCACCAUGGUCAGUGCCUUUCCGCUGUCAAAGCCGGUCAAAAACUACCGGGAUGUGUACGUGCCGAUUGAGGACUCCUUCGGUCCCAUUAUGGCCAGCUUCAUGAAGGGUGACAGCCGGAACAUGCUCAAAAUCAUGCCGGUCAUUACGCAUGCAUCGCUCGAAAACACCAACUUCACGCUGAACUCGCCGCAGUUCCAGAAACUGAUUAAGGAGGAGAAAUUCGACGUUGCUAUACUGGGGUUCUUUAUGAACGAUUUCGUCGUUGGGGUUCGCUCCUGGCUGAACUGUCCCACGAUUUUGUACUUUUCGGCCGGCUUCAGCAGUAUGAUCAACGUGGUUGGAAAUCCGACGGAGAUUUCCGCCGUUCCGCAUUUGCUUCUGGGCAACAAGAACCCGAUGAGCUUCUUCGACCGAGUAAAGAACGCGCUGAUCUACACGGUUGACUAUGUGAUUACGAAGUUUAUUAGCUACAAAACGCAACCUUACUACGACUACAACUUCCCUGCGGAGAAGGGAUUCCCCUCGUACGAAGAAGCCAAGCGUAAUGUAUCGCUGGUAAUGUUCAACUCGUACUUUACUCAAACCGUCCCAAGACCGUACUUGCCGAAUAUGGUGGAAGUCGGUGGUCUGCAGAUCAAGUCCAAGCCCGAUCCCCUGCCGGAAGACAUCCAAGCAUGGUUGGACGGAGCGAAGGAUGGAGCCAUCUUUCUCAGCUUCGGAUCGAAUCUCAAGAGUUCCAAUCUAAGACAGGACAAAUUCGAUGCUAUCAUUGCCAGCCUUUCGAAGCUAAAGCAACGCAUCAUCUGGAAGUGGGAUUCGGAAGAUAUGCCCAGCAAGCCGGCGAAUGUCAUGAUUGGAAAGUGGUUGCCACAGGACGACAUCCUGGCUCACAAGAACUUGAAGCUGUUUGUGACACACGGUGGGCUGGGAAGUAUCACGGAAUCGAUGUACCACGGAGUUCCGAUCGUGGGAAUGCCCAUGUUUGGCGAUCAGGAUACUAAUGUGGCACAGGUGGUCAAGGAAGGAUGGGGCGCAUCGGUUUCGUUCGAUGAUAUAACGGAGCAGCAGUUGACGGGAGCGAUUCGGGAGGUAUUGGAAAAUCCGAAGUACGCCGAGCAGGUACAGACCAUGGCUGCGUUGUACAAGGACCGACCGCAGUCGUCGAUGGAUUUGGCAACGUAUUGGGUGGAAUAUGUGAUCCGCCAUAAAGGAGCGCCACAUCUGCACUACCAGGGCUCGGAUUUGAAUGUUCUGCAGCGCUACUUGGUGGAUGUGAUGGCGUUUUUGGGCGCCGCGGUGUUUGUGGCCCUGAAGGUGGUUGGUUUUGCGCUGUGUCGAAUCAAGCGGAUGAUUUGCGGCGGAGGGCAGAAGAAGCAGAAGCAGAAGCAGAAGCAGAAGAGACAUUAGAUUAGAGGAUGAAGGUAGGUUAAGGCUCACACGGGUAAGGCAACAU